AUGAAGACACACCGCCUGCUCGAAUAUGUUGCGGUUUUGUAUUUCGUACUGACGUGUCUCAACCGAACCGACGGGCAGGACGCCCAGAACGACCGAGCCGGCCUGGCCGGCCUGAGCGACAACGUCCUGGUGGCCUUCCUCCUCCUUGUGCAGCUGGAAGUCCCGAAUUUCCUGGGGAAUUUUUCGAAAAAGGAAAAAUAUGAAAAAGUGAUUGAUGGAGCUAUAUAUCUUUUCACCAAAGAGGUGGCUACAGAAAAACAGGCGCAGGAACAGAGGGGGUACACAGUCCAGGAUGUCCGUCAUGUCAUCACGGGGCUGAACAGCCUCCUGAAUGACAUAAAAAACGGAAACGAAAGCUACUUCACCUGGAUGGAAUUAAUCACCAAUGAAUGCUGGAGGGAGGAAAAUGGUUGCAGAGCGCUGACCACGCGGAGCUGUGCGCUGUCUGUGUUGAAUGCUCUUCCAAAAAAAACUCUACCAGUAACAUGCAACAGUUGCAUUAUGUACGCAUUAAACUACGCACUACACUCGAAGGGUUUAUUUACAAAUCUGCUACAAAUACAAAACUGCAAUGAAGAAAGUAACCUCAAAUUGAUAUACCUCAGUAAGGAUAUCGGGUUGGUGAGAGAACAUCGAUUAUACCUGAACAGCUUGGAAAGCAUUUCUGUCACAAAGAAUGUCCGAAGCCAAGUUUUCAUUUUGCAUAUAAAAAAUGCGACACAUUUGGUAGAUAUUUUAAAGACGCAUGGACAAGAAAAAUUCACACAGGUGAUGAGGGACGCCUUGAUGGAGGUAAUUAAAAAAAGCAUAGAAACGUACAUGAGGCAUUUAAAACAUAAUAGCUCUUUUAAUCAAAAUGGAGUAAAUGAAAUGAAGGUGGACAAGGCAAAUUUGAUCUCCCUUACGAUAAAUGGCUAUUUGUAUAUGGACCAGACAAUAGGGGAAAUUUUGCGCGUGAGAGAUUUUGGUCUGUUUUUUACAGAAAAUUCUUUGGAGCAGUGCGUUUCGAUGCUAACGGGGAGGAACUUGUUUGUUCAGGUGGAGAUGGGGACUCCGGGGGGGGGAGACGUCCCGGGGGGAGAGGUACCCCAGAAUGGUGACCCCUUCCCCAUUGGAAAUCUGCUCACCCUGAUCGAGUUCGAGCUUGUCCUCAACUCGUAUUUGCAUUUCGGGGAGAACCACUUCUCCAAAGCUGUGAUGCUGAUGAAAAAGGUCUUUUACGCGGAGGGAAAAAAUGAAAACGGGGUGUUCAACUACGGGGAGGACAAGGCGGUCAGGGAGGACGGAGCGGCCAGGGCGAACGGGGCAGACAGGGGGGAUGGAGCGGCCAGGGCGGACGGGCGCGUGGUGGACAACUUGCUGGCCAUCGCGAAGGGAGGGAAGUUGCGCAGAGCCCCGCAAGGAGGUCACUUGAGAGGUGCCCAGCAAGGAGGUCACUCGGGACACGUCGCAUGGAGGAAUCACCUCAGUGCCGCGCCCACGAAUGAGUACAGAAAACAAAUCGAAGAAUUCAAAAGGACACAACUGGAGCUGAUGGACGACCAAACCAUCUUCGUCAUCAUGCUGGUGAAAAGUCUCCCCGAAAAUAAAUACACACUGAUGAAGAACGUCAUCGUUGACCUGCUAACCAAGCCAGUCUACUCAAACUCGCUAAAAGGAUUUUCCUAUAAUGAUGAGAAAAAGGUUAACAAGGAACUAAUCGAAGUCAUGGGGGAGUCCUAUAACGACCCAAUAAAUAACCUUAAAAGGAGGACGAAGCAUUUUGGAUUCAGAAUUAAUAAAAGGGAAAUCCAGGCCAUCGAAAAAUUAAUACAACAGGGAUAUAAACUAACCCAAAUAGCUUUUCACAAUUAUAGCUCCAUUCCACUAAAUAGUAGAAAGAAUAUCUACUCAGCGGUUAAGAUGUUCUCCCUCUUUGAGCAUAGGGUGCAUUACCUGACUGGUUGGGAUGCACACAUUUUAUUUUCCAAGAGGAUAUACCCUGAGGAUAUGGUGGAGAAAAAUUACAACGUGUACUCCUAUGCGCAGAGUGGGGGCAACUAUUGGUUCAUUAUAUGCUGCACGGUCAUCCCUCUCUUGGUGAUUAUUUUAUUAUUCCUUUUGUACAAGUACUUGUUUCACGAUAAGCUGAAGUUCUCCUGCCUCUUCAGAAAUAGGAAGUCCAAAAAACGCAGUCAUGGCUCGUCGGGCAGCGCGCUCAAGUACUAUAGGCACCUCUCUGGGGGCGUGAACUUGUCCAGCGCGCGCCGACAGCACGCGGACAGGGCGGAGCUCCAGCACUUGCUGCGCAGGAGGAAACGCAGAACGGAGAUGGAGGCAAAGCCGAGAGGAAGAUAUGGCGCAAAAAAUGGCGCAAAAAACGGCGAAAAAAAUGAGGCAAAAAAUAGCAAAAAAAAAGGUUCAAGUAGUAGUGCAAAAACGGACGCAAAACUGGACAGGAUCAGCAGGGCGCACAGGCUGGCCCGUACAGGUCACGGCAACGAGGCAGAUGGUCGGAACAAAUUCGCCGAAACGCCGCACGCAGGAGCAACGAAGAAGCGGGAAACGAAGAGCAGUGACUUCUUCAUGGAGGAAAUCCAGCCCAACUAUGAUUUCGAAUAG